GUGCACAACUAAUGAGUGAAAUGAAUAAUAACGUGUAUAAUUACAAUGAGCAAAGUAGUAGUCAACCGAGCCCUAGUUCCCAAGACCUAAAUAUGUUGCCUAAUUCAGGCACCUCCAACCCAAGACGUACUCGAAUCACCAGAGCGUGUGAUACUUGUAGACGAAAGAAAAUCAAGUAAGUAUAUGUUAGUCCCAUGUAUUGUUCAUGUACAGACUAUUCAACCCAUGUAGGUGUGAUGUGGAUUCAAGGCAUCCUUGUACAACUUGUAGACAAUACGAAUGGGAAUGUACCUUUCACGAUACUCCCAAAAAAAGAGGACCACCAAAAGGUUAUAUCGAGAGCUUAGAAUCAAGACUGGAAAAGAUGGAAUCCAUGUUAAAGACAAUCGGAAAUGAUACAGAACAAGCCCAUCCACCCAAAAGAAAAAAGACACAAACACCCAUCGUAGAAGCACCACAUUUCGAAACACCACCCAUUGAAAGACGCAACGAUAAGAUGGACCUGAAUUCAAUCACAUCAAAGGGAAAGGUAGUGCGAUAUCACGGAAGCUCGUCUGGCUAUUAUAUAGUUGGCAACAUAUUGUCUUCCGAAGAAGCGCCGGAAUCUUCAGCUUCAACCGAUGUACCAAGAGAUGCUAGCAAAGUAUUAAUCGUACCUUCUAUUGACGGCCGGGAAUCUUUUAAGCUUAGACAAAUGAAUGUCAGUGAUAAUGAUUUAAUGGUCGUGAGAGACACUACUGCUGAUGAGGAUGCAUGUCAAAUUGCCGAUGAUGAGGAAGAGGCUUUGGAUGAUAUUGUGCCGAGACCCAUAUUAGAUGCCCUUGUUCAAACUUACUUUAGAGAUACUCAUUCUACACUACCUGUAUUACACAAAGAGGAGUUUAUGGAUGCUUACGAAGGUCGAACAACACCACCACCCUCGAAAUUAUUAACUUAUGCCAUAUGUACGUAUGCUUGUUUCUUACUCGGAAGCAAUGAUUCCAUCUUCAAAAAAGCAAAUAUUAAACGAGACGAUGCCUUCAAGACACUUCUCGAUAGAGCCAGUAUCUUGGUCAGAAAAGAAUAUCUAAAGCCUCGUGUGGUGACUAUUCAAGCCCUUAUACUACUAUGUGCACAUCCCACCUACUCGACUAGUUCAUAUAGAAACUGGAUUUUAGCUGGUAUGGCUGUCAGAAUGGCGCAAGAUUUAGGUCUACAUCGUACAAUCACAACAGUCGAAGUAUCAGAAGAGUUUAAAGAGAGAAGAAAGAAACUAUGGUAUAGUGCCUAUGUUACGGAUCGAUGGUGCUGUGCUGUGAUGGGUCGACCACUUGCAAUUGCUGAUUCUGAUUGUGAUGUGGAUUUACCUUUGAUUACUGGCCCUGAUAAUAAUGAAGAUCUAACCAUGUUUGUUAAUUUCGUGAAACUCUCGGGAAUUCUUGGUGAAGUACUUCGAAGAAUUUAUUCUCCCAAGGCGAAAUUAAAUGGAUACAAGACGAAGGCAAUGGAGCAAACUGUUUGGAGUUUACAUAAAAUGCUGGAAGAAUGGUUUAAUAACGUACCGAACGAUUACAAGAUUACCGAGGAAGAUUUACUAGACAUGAGAUUGAGUCCCAAGCUCUUUGUUGGAACAAAAAAGGUCUUGGAGGGUGGACCGUUAACCGUAUGUUAUCAUGCUGUUGUAUUACUUUUACAUAGACCGUUUAUUGUAUUGGACAUUGAUGAAAAUGAUUUACCAUCACUUAAAAGAGGAUCUGAAUUAUGCAACCUAGCUGCAAAAGCUGCUGUCGAUGUAGCAAGAGCUAUACCUUAUAUGGCUAUCGCAAAAUUUGGUUGGAAUUUUGCUGUGUAUUCUGUAUUUCAAGCAUCAUUAAUUCAUGUUUACAAUUGUACAAGUAAGGAUCCAAUUGUAUCACAUGAAGCAAAGCAUUAUGUACAUAUAUGUGUUCAUGAAUGUCUUGGUCCUUUAAGCAACGAUAUACCUGCGGGUCCACCACUUAUCCCAUUUCUCCAAACAUUGUCCAAUUUAUUAAAACCUGACGAUGAAAGACCCUCUGGGCCUGAGCAACAACAUCAUCAACAACAGCAGCAACAACAGCCCAUGAACACCCAGACUCAAUCACCUCAACAGCCACAGCCACAGCAAUCUAUGCCAAUGCCCUCCUUUCCUCAACAAACCGAAGAAUCUACAAGUAGAGGAGACGCUGGAAGUUGGUUACUAUACGGUGGUAUCAAUGGAAAUCCUGCGUUAAAUCAAGCUGCAUGGCAGCAAUUAUUUUCUACAGCUGGCACACCUUUCACCGGUAGUGAUAAUGCUAAUAGAGGUUUCGAUGUUCAAGGUUGGGAUAGUUUUUUCAUGGAAAAUCAAACAAAUAACGAUAUCUUCAUGCCUUAAAAAUCUUGUAAAUAAAAAAAAUAGCUC